CGGUGAAAGGCGCUAUACAAAAUAAAGAAUCGAAUCGAGCACAGCGUAGGUGCCAGAGCUGGCACAGUCCACCCUGGCGCCAAACUGCUGUUGAAGUCGGAAUUCCUGCUGUGCCAUGUGUUCAUCCUCACUAGCUGCAGGAGCCGCCCCCCCCAAGGUAUCCUGAGCCAACAGCAGAAUCGGAAAACCUCCACUGCCCCAAAAUGACCCAUGGAGGGCAGAGAGGGCACUACUGGGGAGGAGGAUGAUGGGCUACCCCCGUGAGAGCGACAUAGACAGACAGACAGACAGCCAGCCAGCCCAGCCGUGUCUGGAGAGGCAGGGUAGAUUGAAGGGUGUGUGAUUUCACUCACUAGGGCGCCUCCUAGGGGAUCUUUAGUGCAUAAGCGCUUAUUUCAGUGCGCGUGCGUGUUGAGCUUCAUUGUACGGAUAAACAUCGGGACCCUCAUCAGAUCCGCUAUGACAUUUCUGUAUAGAGAGGCGCUAUGUGAUAAAGGGGUCACAGGGUAGGAAUGACCCACAGCAGACUACAAAGUGGUGGACUGGACAGGUGCAAAGAAUUAUGGGAAACGGAGGACUGCAAAGGACUGUAGGAAGGCGCUAUAUAACUGAGAUGGACGCUUUAUAAUAGAAGUAAGUGGCACUCCAUCAGGACACUAAAUGACCCCCAACACACACACACACACCGGACAAGGAACUUCACCGUCUUUGAACCCGUGUAUUGUGCGCCUGCGUCGGCAUCUUUGCGCAGCUCGUCGCCUACAGCAGACCCUUCAAGAAGGCGGCGGGUCUACGCGGGCUGCCCAUCGUCUGGGGUCUAUUUUAGGGCGGGAGGGGGGUGUUAUUCGUCAUAAUAGAAUCAUUUUAUUUAUUUGUUGAACUUCCGUCAAAAGCCAAACCUCUCCCUGGUGCCAAAUCAAGUGCUGUCUAUUCAUUAAUCUGUCAGUCCAUCAGUCACGAGGUGGCCGGCUGUAGCUGUGACCCACUGUAUUGCGCAUGCUCGCUGGUGCACAUGUCACCGGCUGCCACCCAGCGCGUCCCGUCCGGGGUGAGCCCAGUGUCCCGUCGGCGCCACGAGCCUGCGCUUGUUACUAAUUCGCUCCUUGCGCCGCCCCACCCCGCACUGCGAUCGGAGACCUUUGGUCCAGUCCAGGGUCGAGCGGCCGGUCCCUCGGUGACGUCAGCGCCCGCAGUCCUUCCCAGCCCUGCAUGCGCUAACGUCACCCGCGCCGUCAGCCUUACCUGUCGCCCCCUGUCCUGUCCUGUCGCGUCGCGCUCAGUUUUUUUUUUUUUUCCUUCCUGCUUGUGUCUCUUCGAAGGCUCACGAAGCAGCUCUGCCGCCGGAGGUCGCGCUUCUGCCUCGGCUGAGCACGCGGAGGGGCCGGGCAGGGCUGCGGCACUUGCAGGGACGGUAGCAGGAGGCGCAGGCGCCGCUCUCUUACAGCUCACGGAGCUUCGCGGAGCCUCACAGAGCCGCAGGACCGGUUUGCCGAGCCACCACGCGCACCUGCCAUGGCUCAGGACAAAGAGAGGACGCGGCGCGCGUUACUGGAGCUGCUGCGGAGACCCGGCAACAGUACGUGCGCGGACUGCGGGGCGCCAGGUAGAUCCGGACUGGGCGUCCUUCACGCUCGGCGUGUUCAUCUGCUCCACCUGUUCCGGGAUCCACCGUGGCAUCUCGCAGAUCAGCAAGGUCAAGUCGGUGCAGCUGGACGCCUGGGAGCCCGUGGAGGUGGAGUUCAUCGCCUCUACUGGAAAUGAUGCUGCGAAGGCCAAGUACGAGCAGAAGGUGCCACCUUUCUACUAUCGACCGACAGCCUCUGACUGCCAGGUGCUGAAGGAUCAGUGGAUUCGGGCGCGCUAUGCCAGGAAGGAGUUCAUUUACACGGAGCGGCAGGAGCCAUACUCUGCAGGCUAUCGAGAAGGCGUCCUGUGGAAGCGUGGCAGAGACAACGGGCAGUUCUUGAGCAGGAAAUUCAUCUUGUCGGAGCGAGAAGGCGUCUUCAAGUACUUCAACAAGCACGACGCAAGAGAGCCCAAGGCUGUCAUGAAGAUCGAGUGCCUCAAUGCCACCUUCCAGCCGGUGAAGAUUGGGAACCCCAAUGGGCUGCAGGUGACUUACCUGAAGGACAACAGCACCAGGAACAUCUUUGUGUACCACGAGGACGGCAAGGAGGUUGUCGACUGGUUCAAUGCCAUCCGAGCGGCCCGCUUCCACUAUCUCCAGGUGGCCUUCCCGGGAGCGAGUGAUGUGGACCUGGUGCCAAAGCUGACGAGGAACUACAUAAAGGAGGGCUACAUGGAGAAGACGGGCCCGAAGCACACAGAGGGCUUUAAGAAGCGGUGGUUCACCAUGGACGACAGGAGGCUCAUGUACUUUAAGGACCCCUUGGAUGCCUAUGCCCGAGGCGAAGUGUUCAUCGGAAGCAAAGAGAACCAUUACUUGGUCCUGUCGGGGCUCCCGCCAUCGACCCAGGGCUACCACUGGCAGCAUGGCAUCACCAUCGUGACGCCCGACAGGAAGUUCCUGUUCACCUGCGAGACGGAAUUCGAGCAGCACCUGUGGAUCGAGGCGUUCCAGAAGGCCAUCAACAGGCCGAUGCUCCCCCAGGAGUACGCAGUGGAGGCUCACUUUAAGCACAAGCCCUGAGGGGGGUGCCGUCCCAGAAAGCGGAUCUCCAGUGCAGCGACUCCCAGCGCCCACGCCAGGUGGCCACGAGGGGCAGCGGCAUGUUGGGUGGUCCUAGGCGGCCUUCCAUUCUGCAUUCCAAGUGACUGGGGACCCAGCUGGUGGAGCGUUGGACCGUGAGCUGCUGCACCGGUGGCGGAUGGCCCCUUCGACAGCCAUUGGGACUAAAAAAAUGAGCAAGCUGGACCCUCAAUCCCCGAGCCCCCCACUCAAGACUCUAACAUGUCCCCCUUGGCAUUGAGCUGUGACUGUGGCCUUCAGAACUGCCUGGCCCGUUGUCCCCUGGGCUUCGUUAUCCCUCCAGAGACUGAGAUCCUCCAUCCACCUUGAGCUUGGGAGCCCUGGAUGUCUCUAGCGUUAUAUAGCGCCUUUCACGGUGCUGGCACCGGGCACCCAUGAACUGGCCCAGGGAGAUGAGUGGCGUAUGACUGCUGUCUGAUAGUUUGUCAGCUCUGUGCUGGUGCCGUGUCCCCUCGGUGCCCCUUGUGGUGUUUUUAUCAGCCAACCUGAGGACAGAAUUCAUGAAGGGCUCAGUAGGUUUGUGGGUGAUUUGGCAUGUGGGGGCUUAGUGUUUGUGGGCAUCACGUGGACUCCAGCCCUGGCAGUGACGAAUGCUGGUCGAAAUGACCUGCUGGUGAUGAAAAGCACUAUAUAACGAUUGAUCGACUCGCAUGCACUCUGCUCCAACAGAGUCGCGUAGCUGUAAAGUACCCGCUGUGAAAGGCACUAUAUAAAGACUGGCACAGGUGCUCAUUGGUGCUUUAUAGCGCCACCUCUGGUGUCCCACUCUUAUUUGGAGCUGCAGUGCCAAGUUGUGCCACUAGUGGGCAGUAUCACUGAAGGCUUCCCAGGACCCUUUGAGUUGAGGUUCAGUGGGGAUUUUAGAGGAUGGCAUGAGUGCCAAGCUGGCGUUUCUCAGCAUUAAUGGCAUGAUUGUGCUUUGAAGAAGCAGCAGCAAGGAGCCACGCCGGUGUGCACUUGAACCCGGGUCUGGGAGUGCAAGUCUGCCCAUUCAGGUCCUGCUGACGCUCCAGAUGUGAUCUCUAGAUUGGCAUCCGGGACCCCCAGGGAGGCACUGUAAGGAGGGGUGGCAUGCCUUGGCUUUGCCCAUUUUAUGGUGUCUGCAAAUGGUGGUGGGCUCCACCACCCUCAAGCUUGAAUCCUUCUGAAUGUGCCAGUUGAGUCAGCUUUGAUCUCUUGGCCAGCAGGUUGGCUGGGUGAGCUCCACCAAGUCUGCCCACUUCUUAGUCCAGUCAGCUCUUUAAGAGCUGCUGUUCUGUUCCUGGCACAUGAUGCCCACUUCAGUCGGGCUGGGUGUCCACGUGGAGACCAGGCCAAUGUCCCUGUUCUGCUCCGUCUUUGUUUAGUGCCUUUCCAGGACCCACUGCUUUAAAAAACCAAACCUAAACUACCCAUGUGUGGCACCGGUCAAUGCCAACCCAGGUUAGUCCAUCAAUGCCCUGCUGCCAGUUUGUGGCCACCUACUGAAAACCAAAACCUUGUCCUCAGGGUCAGUGGUGACUGCAGGGUCUGAGCUCACCUGCAUAGGCAUGUGGACCAAACUCCAUAGCGGGCAGCCAGUGGGCAGAGUCUGCCAACAGGACCCGCUGGUCCUUCCCUUUUCAAUGUCGCGUGUCCUCCGGUGAAUUAAAGUGAAGAUUUCACAGCUGGUGGCCGUUUGUGUGGUGGAUCUGGGCUCAGCUUUUCUCUUUUUUUAGGGCAUGGGCUGGAUGAGGGUCUGCUCCAAGACCACUCUACCUGACGGCAGUGUUGCCCUGGCGCCUUCUCUUGGGUCCGUUUGGCUCAGUGAUUUGACCCUACUGGCCUUUGUCUCCACUUUAGCUGGCAGAGGUUUGGCUGUGUGGAGAGCUUUGAGGGUCUGUGUGAGGCCCCCUGCCCUCCGAGGGGGUGCUGACUGGCAGUUGGCGCCGUUACACUCUACCCACAUAUCUGGUUUGGGUUCUGCGUCUUUAUUGUAUCUGUGAGCACGCUCGGCACUGAACCCAGCAUGAAACUCGCGUGAGCGACUAGAAACCCAGCAAUGUCACUGAAAGCCGCCCAUAAUUUACGGACCAACGUUACACUCGACAAAGUCCAAGAUGGCCGGAGAAAGAAUAACCAAAAUAAGAGAUAAAGACGGCAGGGGUCUUUCUUUAUCGGAUUCUUAUUAGAUCGCAAAGCCCUCAUUGGAGCGUUCAGAAAGCUGGCGUGUGAAUCCUGCCGACUACGCCUCUGCUCUGCCUGCACCUCCUCCUUUAGGAAGAUCUCAACAGGAUUUUUUGGACUUCUUAUAUUCAGUAGAGUCCUCCAGGGGCCGCUGUGUCAAUCCUGCCGACUACGCCACUGCGUUGUUAUGCUCAGUCUGCACGGCCAUCUUCAGGAUGGCAUUAAAAUGCUUGUCUGUUUUCA